CCCUUUUUGCGUGACGUAUUGAAGAUGAGGCAAUUGAGUCCCACCUGCGACUUUUUUCCUUGUCAGUCAACAACUUUUCAGAGUAGGAACGUGUGGCCGGUUCGUGUCUUCUGGACUACAAUAUAUGUACCGAAGAAUGAACACAAUCCCAUUUGUCAUUUUUGUGUUGAUUUGGUCUUUUGCAUCCACUGCCACGUUUCCUCCGGGUGGCCAAGACUCGCAAAGCAUCUGGACCCGGCAGGAAGCCGUCUGCAGAGAUGGGCAGUACUGGAACGGCAAAUUCUGUUGCUUAAACUGCCCAGCUGGUACUUAUUUGAAGUCAGACUGCACUGCGCCAGGUGAAAAGGGGCAGUGUGAGAAAUGUGCAGAUGAAACAUACACUCAACAUGCCAAUCACCUCUCGCAAUGUAUCGCAUGCACCAAGUGCGGUCCAGAUCAAGAGAUUGUCUGGCCUUGUAACCGCACCCAAAACACCGAAUGUCAGUGCAAAGGAGGACGAUUCUGUGCACCCGAACAAGCAUGCGAGAUUUGCAGUAAAUGUUCAAGAUGUGAGAAGGAUGAAAAGGUUGUUCGCAACUGCAGUGCGACCUCAAACACAGAGUGCAAGAAAAUCCCACUGCAGUCUGACUCUGCCUCAGGAAACACUGCCAUUAUUGUGUGCAGUGUGCUCACCUUCCUUUUUGUGUUGUGUGGACUAAUUUACUGCUGUACGAAGAAGCUGGCAAGAGUUUUGGACAAUCUUGGUGGUUGCAUCUUCCCCUUAGGCUCUGUAGGAAACGAGCUGAAAGCUGAGCACGUGCUAGAGGGGAACAACGAACAAAGCCAAAAGCCGGGAUGCUCCAGUCUGAUCUUUUCUCAGCCACGGGUGAGAGGUCAAAGCUCAGCCACGAUGGAGGAUGAGUGCCAAGCGCUGUGUGAAAGCCACAACAGCUCUGCCAAUAACUCCCAACAAAAUCUAACCAACCAGCCCCCUGCUUUCCCCGCCUCUGCCCACCGAGCGUCUCUGACUGCCAUUCAGCCCGAUUUGAGGGAGGAUGAGCCUUUUCCAGAGCUGAUUCCUAUAAAUGGUGAAGAAUCUCUCAGGAGGUGUUUCCGGUAUUUCGAGGAAGUCGAUAUCGACUAUUACAAGAGGUUCUUCCAUCAACUUGAACUGAAUAGCAAUGUGAUCAAAAGCAAAGACCCACUUGUCUAUGAGGACAGGAUUCACGAGUUGCUGAACAUCUGGUUGGAGAAGGAGGGCAAGGACGCAAGUUUAAAUGACCUGCUGAAAGCGUUGCUGAAGUUUGAUCAAAGACGUACGGCUGAGAUAAUCAAGGCGAAAGCACUGGAAAAUGGCCAUUAUGUUUUACAGAACUAGUCAUGACAAAUUGUUUGCAGAACGUCUGGAAUUUCUUUCCAUACUUGUGAUGAUGAUAUGACCGGAUGUAGUGCAGUUUUGUGCACGCCACCGGAUUGUGACACAGUUGUGCGUCUUGCAAGUUUUCGCAGACGUAUGCACAGGCAUUGAUAGUGCGCCGUAGUGAAAUCGCACGGUGCAAUAAAACAAAUGCUUGGGGUUAAAAAGGCAUUCUAAUUUCUGUCCAUGAACGACCACAAAAGUGUACUUUGUGAAGUGACUGUGACAGAUGGAAAAUGCCAUCUCUCAUGUUGAAAGCAUUUCAGGGAACUAUCAAAGUACUUUUCUGUAGUUUGUGUAGUGAUUGACUGGGGUGAAAAAUGCCUUCUCAUUUCUGUCGAAAGCAUUUCAAUGAACUACCACAAGUGUGUUGUGGAGUUUGUGAAGUGACUGUGACAGGUGGAAAAUGCCUUCUCAUUUUUGUUGAAAGCAUUUCAGGAACAAUCACAAGUAUUUUGCGUAGUGACUGUGACUCUCAGAUGCCUCAGGAAUGACUUUGUUUGUUGAGCAAAUGAACACUGGACAUUUAGGACGAUGAAUGCGAAAGAGUAAGAUGAUGAGUUACAUCAUUUGCAUUUUUUGACAAAGUUUUACAGAGCAUAUAUAUCCUAACUUAUUAGGUUUACAUCCAAACUGGUUGAGAUGAUUUAAUUUGUCUCUUGUAGAACUUUGGCUGCUGUUACUGUGAGUGAUUGACAUAGGUGCUCGAAUUAACUGCACUUUAGGUGUUUUACUGAGAUUUAUGUCCGUUACUCCAUCCACUCAAUGUUUCUGAAAUCUUCGUUUCAUGAAAUGUUAGAAAUUGAAUUCCAUUGGCAAACAAUGUGGAUUAACUUUGUGUCUGCUUUUGUCAUUGGAUUUGGAUACAACUAGCACAGAUGAAUUGGAUACCUUUCUUUAUUUAUUUAUUUUUACUUAUUCCGUGUUUUGAGUUUGGAGCACAUACACAUUCUGAAACGAUGAAGGAGAGACAUUUUUCAAUCAGCCCUUUGAAUGCUAGCCUUAUUCAGCUGCAUCAUGGCGCUUUGCUGAAGAUGUCUUAAUGACAGCACUAAAGCUUUGAGGACGCUUGUCUUAAGCGUUUUUUUUUGUCCACCCGCUUCCCCCCCAAGGUGAAGGGCUGUCAGUUUUAGAUUAAAAUAUUAAUUUAUAUGUUGCUGCUAAGUCUAUGUACUUCUGAAGUUUGAUGUGGUUACACUUUUCGUUGUGAAUUAUCCCACUGAGUGCUCAAUGUUGUCAGGCAGUCAUUUUAAAAUACCUUUUGAAGUUUGAUAUUUGUCUACAUAGGAUUGUAGGUACACUAUUCUAUUUUUGUACCCCUCCUGUAUGUUCAAGAACUAUUGUUGAAAUGUGUCAAUGUAACUGCAACAAUAAAACUCUUUCUGAAAGAUUU